CGGUAACAAUGAUAAUAUGGUUGACUUUCAAUUCUGCCGUUAUUUGCAGUCCAUCGAACUCCGUAAACGCACUACCGCAAGCUAAAGACCCAGCGUUAUUGUACGAGAUAUUGACUGCUUUCUAUCGAUAUCAGAAUGUGCGAAGCAUUGAUCUGAUUAUCUGCCCAUGCAAUUAUUAUUCUUUAAAUUUAUCAACCGAUGCUCUGACGACUUACCUGAUGGCACAAGAUUUCUCUGUACAUGUUUGGUUCGGCCGGGAUUACCUGAAAGACGCACCCGCCGCACCUAUUUAUGGCCCAAGUAAUUCAUUUCGCACCGAUAACGCUACCAGACGUCCUUUGAAAUUUCAAAUGAAAGCAUUAUCCUUUAAAGUUGGUAUUCUUUUGGCAAACUUUAAUAGCGAAUGCGGUCUCAACGUACUACGUUGGUCAGCUGCCUCUGAGCAUAAUUAUUUUACAACUAAUCGUUUUUGGUUGUUAGUAACGCAAGACAGUGGCGAUGUGGCGGCCUUGGAAGACGCAGACAUAUUUAUACCACCCGACAGCGAAGUUCGAAUCCUUGCCGUAUUGCCUUUCAAAUCAUUUAUACUCACGGAUAUAUUUAAAGUGGCGAGUUUUAAGGCCGCAAAGCAAUUACCAAUCAGCAGGAAUUUUUCUCACUCGCGGCAAAUGAUUGGCGAUCUUCAGAAGUUCGGAUCAGCCAUUUCAUAUCGUGAAAAUUUAGAGAAUAUUACUUUUAAUACCGGCUUGGUGAUAGCAUUUCCCGACAUGUUUACAAAUAUAGAAGACCUAUCUCUGCGCCACAUCGAUACAAUAUCUAAAGUUAACAAUCGCUUAACAUUAGAAUUGGCCAACAAAUUAAAUAUGCACUUCAAUACCCAUCAAAUGGAUAAUUAUGGCUGGCAUCAGCCGAACGGUUCUUUUGAUGGUCUAAUGGGACGCUUUCAGCGUUACGAGCUAGACUUUGGUCAAUUGGCCAUUUUCAUGCGUCUUGAUCGUAUUGCACUUUGCGACUUUAUAGCCGAAACAUAUCGUAUUCGAGCAGGCAUCAUGUUUCGCCAGCCUUCUCUGUCCGCAGUCGCCAAUAUAUUUGCCAUGCCAUUCGAAAAUGAUGUUUGGAUUGCGUUGGUCAUUCUGAUAGUUUUCACAAUUUUAGUUUUUAUCCUUGAACUAAUGUUUUCCCCCUACAAACAUAAUAUGGAUUAUUGGGACUGUGCGGUUUUUGUAUGGGGCGCGAUGUGCCAACAGGGGUUCUAUUUAAACGUGACGAAUCGAUCUUGCCGUAUUGUCAUCUUUACAACAUUUGUCGCCAAUUUGUUUUUGUUUACCUCAUUUUCAGCGAAUAUUGUGGCCCUCUUACAAAGCCCCUCCGAGGCCAUAAAAUCGCUCCACGAUUUAACCCAAUCUCCUUUGGAAAUUGGCGUGCAGGACACCGUAUAUAACAAAAUAUAUUUCAAUGAGUCGACUGAUCCUGUUACCAACCUUUUGUACCAUAAAAAAAUCGCUUCCAAAGGAGAAAAUAUAUAUAUACGCCCUAUGGUGGGAAUGGAAAAAGUGCGAACGGGUCUUUUUGCUUAUCAAGUCGAAUUACAGGCCGGAUAUCAAAUAAUUAGUGACACAUUCAAUGAGCCGGAAAAAUGUGGACUCAAAGAAUUGGAAGCUUUUCAAUUACCAAUUAUCGCCAUUCCUACACGGAAAAAUUUCCCAUAUAAAGAACUCUUUCGUCGCCAGUUACGCUGGCAACGUGAAAUAGGUCUCAUGAAUCGCGAAGAACGGAAAUGGUUUCCUCAAAAACCUAAAUGUGAAGGUGGUGUAGGCGGUUUCAUUUCUGUGGGAAUAACAGAAUGCCGAUAUGCUCUGGUCAUGUUCACGUUCGGCAUGUUACUCAGCGUUCUCAUACUUUGUGCUGAGCUAAUUAUCAAGCACUCCUUACUUCACAUAUAGAAAGCGAUUGCAAUACUCAGAUGCAAGUUUCGGAGACCCCGUAAACUAUAUAUAUGUUCUUGAUCAUCAUCAAAUCCUGAAUCGCGUUAUAAGUGUGCUGUCGGUGGUUAAGGUGACCAUUUGACCGCAAAAAGCUCAGCCAUUGGCUCAAACUAUUGGCUUCCUUUUUGGCAAGAAUAUUGAAAGUUGUUACACGCAGGUCGACAUUGAAGUUGGGCCGGGCCAAAUGUAUCGGAGGACACGCCUACUAUGUCA